AUGGCCGCAGCCGUACGCGGCGAUACGCCGUGCGACCUCAACAAGCUCGUGACGUCGUUUGGCAGUGUCCUCGGCGCCGCGACGGCGUGUCAGAACGAGAGCAGCUACACGUUUCUGCCACCAUCAAAGGAACCCACCGCCGCCAACAUUGAAGCCAUUUGCGCGUCGCCCGCGUGCGUGCCACUGCCACCAGCGCUCUCGUCCAUCCCCAACUGCUCGGUGGGCGCCAUCAACAUUGGCGCGUUCGCAGCCGCG